CUUUACUUAAUAAAAAUUUCCAUACAUCCAAGUUUCUAGCGAUUAAUCACCCUCAGGAUUUCGACGUUUUAGUCUUCCAAUUCCAAGGAACUGAAUAUAAUUAUUUUGAUAAGUUCCAUAUCCAUAUUCCGACUCUCUAACGAGAAUGUUCGCCCGUCCGCGACCCAAGAAGGGUCUACUCCAACCGCCGCCCAAGCGACGAAAAGUUCAACAUUCACUCGAGGAGAUCAAAUUCGACAACGACGCUCGCUCCGAGUACCUUACUGGAUUUCAUAAGCGCAAGUUACAAAGGGCUAAGAAUGCGCAGGAACAGGCGGUGAAGAGAGCUCGAGAGGAGAAGAUCGAAUUCAGAAAACAGAUACGUGAAGAUCGAAAGAGAGAAGUCGAAGAGCAUAUCCAGACUGUCAAUGCGAUCCUAAAACAAGCACAAGAAGCUGGCUACAUAGGCGAAGAGAAAACAUCAGGCGACGAAGUAGAAGAAUGGGGUGGGUUCGGGGAUACGCCUGCACUAGAACCCGUGGAUCACGAGGAAGAAUACAUCGACGAAGAGCGGUAUACCACAGUAACGGUGGAGUCAGUAAAUGUGUCUAAGGAUGGACUGUCAAGCUCUAAACCGGAGGAAGAAGACGCAAGUGAAGGGGAUGAAGAUACAGCAGCGAAGGAAGAUCCUCAAUCAGCAGGGGGCAAUGAGAAAUCUAGGCCUCCUAAGAAGAAGAAACCAAAAUUUAGGUACGAGACGAAGACGGAACGGCAACUGAACCAGAGGAAACAGAAAGUCGCCAAAAGCAGAAAGAAACCACGUGGUUGAUUAACGCAUUCUCUAUCCGUCUCGCAGGCUUUGCUGUUGCAAAUACCACAUAUAACUUCCACCUUGCAAUAAAAAUGCCCUAAACUCAAGUAUCUCUCUCCGUCCACUACUACCACAGCCUUUUUGCCUCUCUUAAAUAUGGGGAAUGGGGG